AUGUUGGAGGUGGAAACCAAGAAGAUUUUUUAUCGUUACCUUAAACAGGAAGUCCUCCGUGAAGGCACAUAUGGUGUUGUUUACAAAGCAUUCGACACUAAGACAGGGCAGAUAGUGGCAAUUAAGAAAAUUCGGAUCGGGAAGCAGACAGAAGGGUUUAAAAUCACGGAUCUUAAGGAAAUUAAUCUGUUGAAAGAGCUCAAGGACUCGAAUAUAAUUGAGCUCAUUGAUGUUUUUCCUCAUAAAGGGAGUUUGAAUGUUGUGUUUGAGUUCAUGGAGAAAGAUUUAGGGGGUGUAAUUCGUGAUUGUAAUAUUGUGCUUUCGGCAACUGAUAUGAGGUCAUAUAUUCAGAUGACCUUGAAAGGGCUGGCAUCCGACCAUAAGAAAGGAAUUCUACAUUUGGAUUUAAAACCAGAUAAUCUACUAAUUCGACCUCGCGGACAGCUGAAGCUUGACGGCUUCGACUUGGCUAGGAUAUUUGGAAGUCCAGACAAGAUUUUUGGUCACCAGGUAUUUGGCCGUUGGUACAGGGCACCAGAGCUAUUGUUUGGUUCAAACCAAUACGGUCCAAGCGUGGAUAUUCGGGCUGCCGCUUGUAUAUUUGCUGAACUUUUAUUGCGACGUCUAUUCAUGCAGAAACCAGGAUUUCAGCACAACAAGCAUUACAACAUAGGUACUCUUCAUAUGGUUGUGUGA